AUGGAAAACCAACUUUACGACGUCUUUAUUUCAGGUGCUGGACCUGUCGGCCUUUAUUUUGCAUAUCAGAUGCUUAAUAUGGGCCAUUCAGUAUACAUUUGCGAUUACAAGUACGGGCCUACAGAUCAAACACGAGCCAUUGGCAUCACUGCACGUACUAUGGAACAUUUGACAAUGGAUGGUAUUGCACACCAUUUCCUCAAGCGUGCUGUUAUCCUUCAAGGUGCACGAGUUCACAGCAACGGCGAGGCUCUUGGUAAUCUUGAUGCAGCUAUUGGUGGAGCGAGCCUUUACCCACAUGGUACCAUGGUUUCGCAAGACACACAAGAAGAAAUUUUGAUCCAACUUGUCGAGGAACUUGAGCAAGGAACCAUUCGCUGGGGCACAAGACUUAUGGAUUAUGAAGAACACGAGGAUCACGUUGAAGCGACUGUAUGUAAAGAUGAUGGCACCACGUAUACGGUAAAGUCAAAGUACAUGGUGGGCGCCGAUGGAACCCAUAGCGUAGUAAGGAAGCAGUACUCGGGCGCUGAAGAAUGGCGUUAUGAUGGGCAAUCGAUAGCUACACGUUUUGCUCUUGCAGAUGUAACCUUGACAGGCCGUGAUGUUGACAAGGUGAAUAACAACCGUGGAAAUGUGUUUACCCAUCCCGAUGGCAUCUGUGGUUUCAUCCCUCUUCAUGGUCCAAAUUCCAACCUCUUUCGUGUCGCGUGCAACCUUGGUUUUUACGAGCUUUCAGACAAAAAGGAACCAACACACGGCAUUUCUCGCAAUGAAGAAGAAACACUGACUCUUGAAGAUAUGCGUGAUAUCAUAGCCAAGCGUGUUGCCCCUAUGGAGCUGAUCCCAACCAACCCAACCUGGUUAACCAUAUUCCGUAUCAAUGAACGAAAAGCAAAUGGGUAUCGUCGUGGUCGUUUGUUUGUCAUGGGAGAUGCAGCACACUGCCACUCUCCUGUCGGUGGGCAGGGACUUAACUUGGGACUUCAAGAUUCGCACAACCUUGCAUGGAAACUAUCGUUGGUGCUCAAAGGCAAAGCCAAUGAUCCUGAAACCCUGCUCAACUCGUAUUCUAUUGAGCGUGAACCCAUUGCUGAAGGUGUCAUGUCUGCAACCGGUUCUUUGACAAAGGCGGGAAUAUCGAAGCUCAGCUUUAUCCAUAAAUGGAUGGCUUCAUGUGCAUUCUACGCAGUGACAUCCUUUGAACAACUUCAGACAUUUUUGGCAAAACGAAUGAUGGGAUUACACCUUCAAAUCAACCCACAAUCCCCUAUUUUCUUGCCAUCGACUCUUGGUGAAUCUGGUACCUUUAUCCCGAAUACAGACGUCAUGCAACGACGUGUUGUGGACAAUCAAGUGAUUCGCAAAUCAAUGCAUGAAAUUCUUUCAUCCACCCCAAGCUCGAAUCAUGUCCUUAUUUGGGUUGCUUCACGACUACAAAGAUAUAAUGCAUCCUCAUUGUCGCAAGAUUUCUGGAACAAGACACGUAAAUGGCAAGAUGUGACACGUCGCGUGGUGGUCGAAUCGGUUUGGCACGCUCAUCAUUUUGCAGUACCUCCCUAUGCCGCUGAAGACAAGGAUGUGGAUAACAACUUUUGGCUUGAAUCGAACCCCGAAUCGACCGAAUCCCUUUCAACGCACAUUGGAUUAAACGCCUACAUGAAAGAUAACGACCCACCAGCUGCACUUGUUGUGGUUCGACCCGACUCUUACAUCGCAUUCAGCUCGAUCAUCCGAUCAUCUCAAGACAUUGAUACCGCCUUGCAAUCGUUGGAAAGCUAUCUCAUCAAUUAG